UAGCUAACUUGUUAGAUACCUACGGAAGUGGUAGGUACAAAAGAAUUCUUGUUUUUUGUAAAGAAAAAAUCUUAUCGGUGGUCUGUAAAUGUUAUUAAAAUGUAAUCUGUGUCUGUUAAUCUGGGAAUUGUCUAUUCACAGUAAUUAAUCAUUAUUAUUGUUUCGUAGUGCAGGUUUUUCGAAAUUUGUGUAAGAUGAAAAUAUAAAAGUGACUUCUGUUAAAUAAAAUGGCUCGGAAUAACGAUGUAAGCUCUUGUGAUAGUAACGGUAUAAGGGUUGAAGGUGAUUUGGGUGAUUUACAAGUGACGGAACUGAGCGACAGCGAAGACAAAGAUGAGAGAACUUUUGUUGAGCCAAGUGCCUCAAGGACGCUGGAUACCUUAUCUGCCCUGCCCGCAUCACUAGUGCAGAAAUCAACAGUGCCUGUAUUUGGUAGUAUAUCCGUAGUGGAGUCAGAAAAUGUACAGUUUGGAAAUAAUACAUACUUCAAUGGGCCAGUGACUAUAAAGCAGAUUGUACAGAACAAGUCUGGUGUUGAUAACAGUUCAUACACUAGAACUGAGGAAGAUGAACCGAAAGAUACAGUUUACUCUCAUGGAACAAAAUUGGACGAUAUUCCCUUGAAAAAGCACGAAAUACUUGUGUGGCAUAAAUUAACAUUUUCGGCUGUAUGUGUAACUAUAAUUGGGGGGAUAAUAGCAAUAGUUCUAAUUUUACCCAGCCGAGGAGACCAGCAGCAAGGAACCACCGUUAGCUAUGCAACGGAGAGUUUUAACUCAGCGGUGGUGGGCUUCUGUAAUGAGAACAUACAAAUUAUUGUUUUAUCAGUCAUAAUGUUGUUAUUAACAUCUCUGUUGAUUUCGUAUUCAUUACUAACAAGGGAUAUUGGUCAUGUCAAAGCGAAGAGAGCAGGAAUGUAUGAAAAACCUCUGAAUAAAAAGCAAGCACGCCUGCAAUGCACUUUUACAGCGGACCCAUUGUUAAUAUCGCCGGAUUACCUCAGGAUAGUAUCGAGGUCCGAUUGGUUGGCGCAACCGGUGGAAGCCGUGCUGGAUAAGAUACGGCAACCCGUGCCGUGGGUGAUCAUCACCCACACAGCCACGGAAACGUGCGAGACGCAGAGUCAAUGCGUUCUGCGCGUGCGCGUGAUUCAAACGUUUCACAUAGAAUCGCGAGGUUGGGACGACAUUGGCUACAACUUCCUAGUGGGGGGGGACGGCUCCGUGUACUAUGGCCGCGGUUGGGACUACAUCGGUGCUCAUACGCAGGGCUAUAACAAAUAUUCCAUCGGCAUAGCUUUUAUAGGCACGUUUAAUAACUACCAACCCGCAAAGCAACAGAUCGAAGCGUGCCAGAAAUUAAUAGCUAGGGGUGUCAAAAUGGGAAAACUUGCCAAAGACUACAAACUCUUAGCUCAUAGACAACUGAUGUCGACCUUGAGCCCUGGUGAUAAGUUGUACGAUAUUAUUAAAACGUGGCCGCAUUUUGUUAACAAUUUCACAAAUAUCAAAGAUCUGUUGCCGAAUUAUUGAUUGUUAAGGAUUGUUUUUUGUUGAGCUGGAUUUCAAUUGUUAUAGGAUGACCUUGUUUAGGUUAUGUGAGUAUGGAAUGAAAAAGUUGAUUUGUUGUUUAGGGUGGUAAAUUUAUUUCUUGUUGUAUAAAUGUGUACAUUUAUAA